AGAUGCGGUUUGUCUCUUUGCUUGUUAAGCAGUGAGGGGCGUCACAUUUACUCCCAACACAUUACAGACAAGAGCUUCAUAAAUAUUAGGCUCUUUGUGUAAGAAAGGAGUCCGAUCUUGACAGAUUGAGAAAUGAUUGCCUUCACUUUGCUGGCUUGCCUGCACUUUAUGUUACCUUUUGUUUCUCCUGCAAGAAAUAUUUCUCUCAAGUGCAUGCGAGACACUGCUGAAUUCCUUUCUGAUCUACAUGCACUGAAGCCCAAAGAAUACGCUCUGAGAAUGUAUGACUCGGUGGGGAAGCUUGGAAGCAACGUUCUUAAUGGCAAUGUGGACAGGCUGGGAUCCUACAGCGAGUGUCUUUCCACCCAGGGCCCUGGGGGAAGUUUCCGAGGUCAGUACUGCAAGCUUCAUAUAUUACAGGAUGGAGCAGACUAUAGUGUGGGUGUGUGUGUCCCUGAUUCUUGUGCUGAAGAGGAUGUGACCAUGAUGUCUCAGCUGGAUAUUCUGAGGCUCAGAAAUACUUCCAUUUUGGCGCCUUCCCUCUCCCUCUUCACAAAAAACUCUUCCUCCUCUCCUUGUGAAAGUGUGGCCAGAUGUGCUGGCGGGGUGUUUCGGCUGGACACGUUUGCCUCUGUGUGUCUGUUCGUCACCUUGCUAGGCCUUGUCCUUCCUGUGGCUGGGACUGUUUACAUGGUGGCCAGGGGCUGGGGCUUGGACCUCAGGACAUUGCCGGCACAUGGGACUCCUGCAGGUUGUGAGAGUCUGCCUUUGAGAAACACUGAGAGCAAUGGGCAAAGAUGUGCAAGCCCGAAGACCAGUUGCCAAGUUCACCUCUCCCCACCAGGACCCCCAAGCAGAGGAAAAAGGUUUCUAGGAGCCAUGGAUGGAAUUCUGCAAUGCUUUUCUUGGCAAAAGAACAUGCCGGCCAUCUGCUCCCCAGAGCUGCCGGGAGGCACCUGCCAGACGCUCAACGGGAUCCGAGUCCUGAGUCUCCUUUGGAUUGUCUCGGGACACACUAGUCAGAUGACUGCUUGGCUGUCUUUGGAUAACGUGCUUGAAUGGAAAGCCAGAGUGCCUGUAAACCCGCUGUACCUCUACUCUCGGAGCGGCCCGUUCUAUCUCGGGGUGGAUACUUUCUUCCUGAUCAGUGGUUGGCUAAGUGCAAGGUCAUUUCUGAAGAUGCAGCAGAAUACAAACACAGGAAUAACCCCUACAGUCAUACUCAGAUACUUUCUCAAGCGUUUUAUAAGGUUGCAGCUUCUUCACCUGUACUCGGUGUGCUUGCUGGUGGGACUCUUCUCUUUUGUCCCCUGGGGACCUGUCUGGGAAGUUCCACAGUUCCACUGGGAUAACUGCCGGCAAGUCUGGUGGACGAAUCUGCUGUUGCUGAAUAACUUCAUAUCUGUUCAGAAUGCCUGCAACGGCUGGACUUGGUACCUCGCCAGCGACUUCCAGUUCCACCUCGUGACACCGUUGAUCUUCUUCGUCCACGGAAAAAAUAAACGUGUCCUUGUCCUGCUCGGGGCCCUGCUGUUCCUGACAUCUUUCACUCUCACUGCUCUGCUCACAUUGGCUUAUAAACUUCCCGUGGCAUCUCCAUCAGCAGCCAGUGAAAAGGAAUCUGUGCUGUAUUUCUCAGAGUAUUACACCAAGCCCUACUGCCGGUGUGGCCCAUUCCUUGUGGGCCUCUUCCUGAGCAUGUUCAUGCAUUCAGACCACCCUACAAACACUCUCAAGACUACGGUGCAGGCCGUGCUGGGCUGGACUUUCUCUCUGCUGACCCUGUUUGUAGUUGUCGCCCUGGCGUACACAGUGGAUGAUACCUCUCCAGCCUCUUCCAUGGCUGCUGCCAUCUACCAGGCCCUCCAUCGGACCCUGUGGGCAGCUGCUGUGGGCUGGAUCAUCUUUGCCUGUCAGGAAGGCUACGGAGGUCUGGUGAAGCGUGUGCUUUCCUGUGGCAUCUGGCGUCUCCCGGCUGCUAUCAGUUACGCUUGCUACCUCAUGCAUCCCAUUGUGAUCAUUCUCUAUAACGGACUGCAGGAGACCCUUAUUCACUACACUGACACCAAUAUGUUCUAUCUUUUCUCUGGACACUGUGUGUUGACCUUCCUCUCUGGGCUGGCCCUGACACUGCUCAUCGAGCGGCCAUGGCAGGAGCUGAAGUGGGGCCUGUGGGGACCAGUGUCUGCUGGGCCGUGAGUAUUCCAACUGAAACCCAAGAGAACCACGGCC